UUGUUUUCUUCGUUCUCUUAUAUUUUUAAAAAAUUCGAAAAAAAUUAAAAUGAAAGGCCUCUGGAACUCGACCAGUAUUACUCAUGUUACUCUUUCUUUUAUUUUCUUUUUCGUUUGUUAUUUCGAAUACGUGCUUGCGGCUCCUCCUACUAGGCAGCAUUUUCUGUGUCGUCCCGAACAAAGGGAUGCACUUCUCGCUUUCAAAAACGAGUUUCAUAUUGGGAAGCCUAAUCCUUCUUGUAUGGAUUUAAGCGUUGAAUCUCAUCGGAAGACGAAGUCAUGGGGAAAUAACAGCGACUGCUGUAGUUGGGAGGGUAUCACGUGCAAUGCCAAGUCUGGAGAUGUGGUCGAGCUAGACCUUCGCUGCAGUUUUCUCCAUGGCCGGUUUCAUUCCAAUAGCAGUCUUCAAAACCUUUAUUCUCUAACCACUCUUGACCUUUCGUAUAAUCAGUUUUCAGGUCAGAUCCCAACUUCCAUUGGAAAUCUUUCUAAUCUUAUCUAUCUCUGCCUUUCGGGAAAUAAUUUCAGUAAUCGGAUUCCAUCUUUCAUUGGAAAUCUUACUCAAAUCGUAUAUCUCGACCUUUCUUUCAAUCAAUUCUCUGGUCAAAUUCUCUAUUCAAUUGGAAACCUUUCUCAUCUCGCAUCUCUCGCUCUUUGGAGUAACAAUCUUGUUGGUGAAAUACCAUCCUCUUUUGGCAAUCUAAACCAGCUGGAAAACUUACAUGUUUCUUCCAACAAGCUCAGUGGAAAUUUUCCAAUUGUACUAUUGAAUUUGACAUGGUUGUCAGAUUUAGAUAUCUCAAACAAUCAGUUCAGUGGCGCGCUUCCUCCGAAUAUCACUUCACUAUCCAACUUGAGAGAUUUUCAAGCAAGUGACAAUGCUUUCAGUGGAACUAUCCCUUCUUCUCUCUUCACCAUUCCUUCUUUGAUAAUUAUUAAUCUUAAUGAUAACCAACUUAGCGGCACUCUUGAGUUUGGGAAUACAUCUUCUUCACCAUCUAACCUACAAGAGUUAGUCAUUGGCAGCAACAACUUCAAAGGGCCAAUCCCGAGAUCCAUUUCCAAAUUUGUCAACCUUUCCGAUCUUGACCUUUCUCAUUUCGACACCCAAGGCCGCCCAGUUGACUUUAGUAUCUUCUUGCAUCUCAAGUCACUCUAUUAUCUUGACCUAUCCUAUUUGAACACCACCACUACGAUUGACUUGAAUGAUAUCUUAUCAUAUUCCAAAAGCCUCUCUUAUUUAUAUUUCUCAGGCAACCAUGUUUCAACAACAAACAAGAGUUCAGUUUCAAAUCCUCCUUCACAGAAGAUAGAAUCUUUGCACUUGUCAGGCUACGGUAUCACCAAGUUUCCAGAGCUCAUAAGAACCCAACAUGAAAUGAGGUUUCUAGACAUCUCCAACAAUAAAAUCGAAGGUCAAGUUCCUGGCUGGUUAUGGACUCUACCAAAUUUGAUGUACGUGAAUCUUUCCAACAACACUUUCAUCGGUUUCCAAAGAUCAAAGAUGAAACAAGGACUAUCAUCUGUCCGGAAACCAUCUAUGCGGUACUUGCUUGGCUCCAACAAUAACUUCACGGGAAAUAUUCCUUCUUUCAUAUGCGAGUUGCGUUCUCUAAACACUCUUGAUUUAUCUGAAAACAACUUUAACGGUUCAAUCCCUCAUUGUUUAGGAAAUCUCAAUAUCACUCUUUCAGAUCUAAACCUUAGGCAGAAUAAUCUUAGUGGAGGUAUUCCAAAGGAGAUAUUUGAAAGACUAAGGUCGUUUGACGUCGGUCAUAACCAACUUGUGGGAAAACUUCCAAGAUCUUUGAAUCGUUUCUCUACUCUUGAAGUUUUGAACGUGGAAAGCAACAGAAUCAACGACAUGUUUCCGUUCUGGUUGGGUUCUCUACAAAAGCUACAAGUUCUUGUCCUUCGCUCCAAUGCAUUUUAUGGACCAAUACAUCAAGCCUCCUUCCCUCAAUUGCGAAUCAUCGACGUAUCACGUAAUCACUUCGCUUUUGCCAUCAGAGUACUUUGUGAAGUGGAGUGCUAUGUCAUCACUUGGGACAGACGAAGGUCGGUCGAAUGACAAUUACAUGGGAGAUAA